AGUCGAAUGGUUGGCGGGCUCUCGCGCGGGCGUGAAAGUCUAUAGUUCCUAAACAAUCUACAAUGUGCUUGAAAAUCUGAACAUUCAACAAACACUCAGGCCAAAGUUUCUUCACGAAUGGCUCGCAAACUUCAAAGUCAAUCUUAUAUCUACAUAUAAAGCCGUAGAUCAUGAUGGAGAGUCAAAAUGGGUUGGCUACGUCUCCGGAGACCGCGGUUGUGUCUGCAACUCCCGCCGCCGCGGCUUCAGGCAUUGCCGCCCCAGUGACAGCACCACCAACUACUGGCGGGCCGGCGAAAAGUCUGGCAGAAGCCGAGGCUGCCGCCGCCGCUGCCGCUGCUGCUGCCAAAAGAAAAGCCAUGAGUCGAAGAGGAAAACCUCCUCCAGAACGACCGCAACGAGCUCUCUUUUGCCUAUCGCUCACCAACCCGGUGCGAAAACUCUGCAUCAGCGUCGUAGAGUGGAAACCGUUCGAGUAUUUGAUCCUGUUGACCAUCUUCGCCAAUUGCGUUGCCUUGGCCGUCUACACGCCGUAUCCCAACGGGGACUCUAACAUUACCAAUGCUUAUUUGGAAAAAGUGGAAUAUGUCUUCUUGGUUAUUUUCACCAUUGAAUGCGUUAUGAAAAUCAUCGCCUAUGGUUUCGUCGCACACAGCGGGGCCUACCUACGCAAUACGUGGAAUUUUCUCGAUUUCACCAUUGUCGUCAUUGGCGCCGUGAGCACGGCACUGUCUACCAUGAUGAAAGACGGCUUCGACGUCAAAGCUUUGCGAGCCUUUCGAGUUUUGCGACCUCUGCGUCUAGUCUCCGGUGUUCCUAGUUUGCAAGUGGUGUUGAAUUCCAUAUUGAAAGCGAUGGUGCCACUUCUUCACAUUGCUCUGCUGGUCAUUUUUGUCAUCAUCAUUUACGCCAUCAUCGGUUUGGAAUUGUUUUCUGGCAAACUACACACAACUUGCUACGAUCCCGAAACUGGUGACAUGAUGAAAGAUCCUCAUCCGUGCUCUAAUUCGAGCGAGGUGGGAUUCGAUUGUGCCACGAUUGGAAUGGUCUGUCUUCCGGACUGGGAAGGACCCAACGAUGGCAUUACUAAUUUCGACAAUUUUGGACUGGCCAUGCUCACCGUGUUCCAGUGCGUCACACUCGAAGGCUGGACGGAUGUCUUGUACCAAAUAGAAGAUGCGAUGGGCAAUUCCUGGCAAUGGAUCUACUUCAUCUCGAUGGUUAUUAUUGGUGCCUUCUUCGUGAUGAACUUGAUUCUCGGUGUCCUCAGCGGAGAGUUUUCAAAAGAAAGAGAAAAAGCCAAAGCUCGCGGUGACUUUCACAAGUUGCGCGAGAAACAGCAAAUCGAGGAAGAUUUGCGAGGUUAUCUAGAUUGGAUUACCCAAGCGGAAGAUAUCGAGCCGGAAGGGGAGGACCGGCAACACGACGAAUCCAAGCACGCUAAAAACAAACGAGAGCAGGAUAAUAGUGUCGACAAGACGGAGGAAAGCAGCAACGCUGACACUUCGCAGGAUUCGUGGUGGACGCAGAAAAAGCGAAACUGGGAACGGAGCAAUCGUCGUAUGCGUCGAGCUUGUCGCAAAGCUGUCAAAUCUCAGGCUUUUUACUGGCUCAUCAUUAUUUUGGUGUUUCUGAACACUGGAGUACUGGCCACGGAGCACUACCAACAACCCGAAUGGCUGGAUUUCUUCCAAGAUGUGACCAACAUCUUUUUCAUCGUGCUCUUUGCCUUUGAAAUGUUGCUGAAGAUGUACAGCUUGGGAUUUCAAGGCUACUUUGUUUCUCUGUUCAACCGGUUUGAUUGCUUCGUCGUCAUCAGUAGUAUCGUCGAGGUGGUUCUUACCAAAACGGAUCUGAUGCCCCCGUUGGGCGUGUCCGUGUUGCGUUGCGUCCGUCUCCUCAGAGUUUUCAAAGUGACCAAGUAUUGGCGCUCACUUUCCAACUUGGUGGCGUCGCUGCUCAACUCGAUCCAAUCAAUCGCCUCUCUCUUAUUGCUCCUCUUCCUCUUCAUGGUCAUCUUUGCCCUGCUGGGUAUGCAAGUCUUUGGCGGCAAAUUCAACUUUGAAAAUCAAGAAUUGCCGAGAAGCAAUUUCGAUUCAUUCUGGCAGAGUUUACUAACUGUCUUUCAGAUUUUGACGGGCGAGGAUUGGAACGUUGUUAUGUACGAUGGCAUCAAGGCAUACGGUGGCGUCUCAUCCUUGGGCAUUCUCGCUUGCAUCUACUUCAUUAUCCUCUUCAUCUGCGGCAAUUACAUUCUUUUGAACGUCUUUUUGGCCAUCGCCGUCGACAACUUGGCUGACGCGGAAUCGUUGACUGCCAUCGAAAAAGAAGAAGCAGACCAAGCUGGAGCAAAAGCGGAAGCUGAAGCUGACUUAGAUAAAUCGGCGACCAGCGAUUCGGCUACGAAAGACGGUGACGAUCGAAGUCAAGAAGAGUUGGACGAGGAAGAAGAGGACAACAUGGACGAUAACGGCAAAGAAGGUGAUGGCGAUGAUAACGCCCAAGCGGAUGGUAACCAUGGCGACAUAUCGGAGCGGAAACGAUCUUCAAAAAAGAAAAAGUCAGACGGUGGUUCUACCAGGAUUGAAAUUGAACAGGAUUACGACGACGAAGGCACAGAGGACGCCAGUAAAGACGACGAGGGCUUGGGUGACGAUCAAGGAUCUUAUGAUGAUGAUAAUAACGGAGAAGAGGAGGAAGCCGAAGUCGGAGAGGAGGAGGAGGAAGAAGAGGAUGAAGACGGGCAGCCGGGGACGUUGCGUCCGCGACGCGCGUCUGCCGCCGCCCGCUCCAACAAAAUCAUUCCCAUACCCCCAUACACUUCCUUCUUCAUACUCUCCCACUCCAACAGGUUCCGAGUGUUCUGUCACUGGUUUUGCAACCACAACUACUUUGGGAACAUAAUCCUCGCCUGUAUUCUUAUUUCAUCGGCUAUGUUGGCCGCAGAGGAUCCACUCAGCGCUGAUACGGAUCGCAACAAGAUUUUGAAUCAUUUUGAUUACUUCUUUACAACUGUCUUUACUAUUGAAAUUGCCUUGAAAGUCAUCGCGUACGGAUUGGUUUUCCACAAGGGAGCCUUUUGUCGAUCGGCUUUCAAUCUUCUUGAUUUAUUGGUCGUUUGUGUGUCGCUAAUCUCUUUCGGAUUCAGCUCUGGAGCUAUUUCCGUCGUUAAGAUUCUUCGAGUACUUCGCGUGCUAAGGCCUUUGCGUGCCAUCAACCGAGCUAAAGGACUUAAACAUGUCGUCCAGUGCGUCAUUGUCGCUGUGAAAACCAUCGGUAACAUCAUGCUGGUCACGUGCCUUCUCGAGUUCAUGUUCGCUGUCAUCGGUGUUCAACUCUUCAAAGGCAAGUUUUUUAAGUGCAACGAUCCAUCGAAAAUGACCAGGGACGACUGCAUAGGGACGUUUAUCCAAUACGAGGACGAUGAUAUUGAACGUCCAGUCGUAUCAAACAGAACGUGGGAAAACAAUGACUUUCAUUUCGACGACGUUGGUAAAGCCAUGCUGACAUUAUUCACAGUAUCAACGUUCGAAGGAUGGCCGGGUUUGUUGUACGUGUCUAUCGACUCGCACACAGAGGAUAUGGGUCCGAUGCACAACUACCGGCCAAUGAUCGCCUGCUUCUAUUUUAUCUACAUUAUUAUCAUCGCCUUUUUCAUGGUCAAUAUCUUCGUCGGUUUCGUUAUCGUUACUUUCCAGAACGAGGGAGAACAGGAAUAUCGAAACUGCGAAUUGGAUAAAAAUCAGCGAAACUGUAUAGAAUUUGCAUUGAAAGCUAAGCCCUUCCGGCGCUAUAUCCCCAAACAGCGAUUUCAGUACAAAGUCUGGUGGAUGGUGACGUCGCAGCCCUUCGAGUAUGUCAUUUUCACGUUGAUCAUUACCAAUACGAUUACGCUCGGAAUGAAAUUUUACGGCCAACCGGAGGUGUAUACACAGGCUCUGGACGUUUUGAAUAUGAUAUUCACGAGCGUCUUUGCCUUGGAAUUUGUUUUAAAAUUGGCUGCAUUUCGAUUCAAGAAUUAUUUUAGCGAUCCUUGGAACGUAUUCGAUUUUGUUAUUGUCCUGGGAAGUUUCAUCGACAUUGUCUACUCCCAGUUAAAUCCUGAUUCCAAUCUCAUCUCCAUCAAUUUCUUCCGCCUUUUCCGUGUCAUGCGAUUGGUCAAACUACUCAGCCGCGGUGAGGGAAUCCGUACGCUUCUUUGGACGUUUAUGAAAUCUUUCCAGGCUUUGCCCUACGUUGCCCUAUUGAUCGUGAUGUUAUUUUUCAUCUACGCCGUCAUUGGCAUGCAGGUUUUCGGCAAGAUUGCCCUGGACAACGAUACAGCUAUACACCGAAACAACAAUUUUCAAACAUUUCCGCAAGCUGUCCUUGUCCUUUUCCGGUCAGCUACGGGAGAGGCCUGGCAGGAUGUUAUGCUCGGUUGUUCAUCACAGAAGGCCCCAGCUUGUGAUCCAAAGUCAGAUGAAUUUCGCAAUAAUGCAACGGAGCAUUGUGGCACAGAGUUUGCCAUCCCAUAUUUCAUUUCCUUCUACGUCUUGUGCUCAUUUUUGAUUAUCAAUUUGUUUGUCGCCGUUAUCAUGGACAAUUUCGAUUACCUAACGCGUGAUUGGUCCAUCCUGGGCCCGCAUCACCUCGACGAAUUCGUCCGUCUUUGGAGUGAAUAUGAUCCGGACGCUAGAGGUCGUAUCAAGCAUUUGGAUGUGGUAACGUUAUUGCGUAAAAUAUCGCCGCCACUGGGUUUCGGCAAAUUAUGCCCACAUCGCGUGGCUUGCAAGAGGCUGGUCUCGAUGAAUAUGCCCCUCAAUAGUGACGGUACUGUCAUGUUCAACGCUACCCUGUUUGCAGUGGUGCGGACGUCGCUCAAGAUCUAUACAGACGGAAACAUUGACACGGCAAACGAAACACUACGCGCUGUCAUUAAGAAAAUCUGGAAAAGAACCAACAGUAAAUUACUGGAUCAAGUUGUGCCGCCACCUGGAAUCGACGACGAGGUGACAGUUGGCAAGUUCUACGCUACCUUCCUAAUUCAGGAUUACUUCCGUCGCUUCAAAAAGAGGAAAGAAAUGCUCAACAAGGAUGUUACUCUUGACGGUGAAGUGACCGGAGUUGAUACGGUAACGCUACAGGCCGGAUUGCGAACCCUGCACGAUGCUGGGCCUGAACUGAAGAGAGCCAUCUCUGGCAAUCUUGACGAGCUGAUGGAACGUGACCCAGAGCCUAUGCACAGAAGGAAUCAUACUUUAUUUGGUAGUGUUUGGUCCAACAUGCGACGAGGAGGCGGGCCAUCGUCAAGACAACGACCGACGGAGUCAUCACCAUUAAAACUAUCGCCGCAAAUGUUAAUGAAAACGGCCAACGCAUCUAAUGGGCAAAGCUUACCGGUUUCCUCGUCCAGUGACGAGCUUUCGGAAGCUAUGCCGCUCCGACCACUGCGACUCCGACAAAAUCAGACCAACAACAACGGAAGUCUGCCUAGCGAUAUGUUUCAUGGCGUCCUGCCAACGACAGACCUGGGAUCUGCAUCGACACUUCCUCGCUGCUUUGCUAGAAAGAGUGAACGUCGAUUAACUGGCGGACUGUGGCUGGCUCAGGCUCACGCGUACGCAAUGGCCCUGGCCGGCGUUCUACCUGGAAGCACGGCAUCCUUUACUCGCCGUUUGAGCUUGAAUAGUCAAACAUACAGUCGAACACUUCCAUCUUUCAAAUUCGAAGAAUGUAGUGAACCGCCUAGAACAACGUGCAGUCUAACUUUGCAACCUUGGCCGCCAGCUCACGAGGAGGCCGUCGCUGGAUCGGCUGAGAGCUUGGUCGGCAAGGUUCUAGUUGAGCAAGGCCUUGGCAAGUUCAUUGAUGACGAUUUUAUCCGCACGACGUCACGUGAAAUGCAAGAGGCCAUGGAUAUGACGAAAGAGGAGAUGGAUCGUGCCGCUCAUCAUUUGCUAAUGUUGACGCAAGAUGAAAUUGGUACAUCCCGAUCUCCCCAAGCGCUGUCGGGUGCGGCCGUUCGACGACCGGGUGGCCAACCGUUGACUUUAGCGCUCAAUUCGGCCUUCAGUGAGGUUGACCACGUCCCGCAGUCUCGUCACAACUCCUAGCCGAUCUUUGGUAUAGGUAGAAAUAACCUAAAUUUUUUAAAUCCUUCACCUUUGGGUAAACGAAAGGCUUUUGGUGAAUCGUUUGGUAAUUUUGGAGAUUUGAUGACUUUGCCUUUUGGUGUCGACAUUCGUCGCCAUUUUGCCAUUUGUGAAUUUUUCCAUUCAAGUUUGAGAUGUUUUUUUUUUGGUUUUUUUUUUGUUUUUUUGCCAGUGAACCAAAUCCUUUCCCUUUGCAACAAGUGCCUCCCCUCUCAUCUUUGUAUGUCGAUUAUAUUCUGUAGUUGUAAUCCUUAUCAGAUCUUUUGUCUCUUACAUUUUUUCAAUACAUCCUCCUAUAAUAUUUA